ACGCGGACUGUCUCUGGGAGUGCUGAGUCGAAUAUCUUCUCUGGCGUCUCACCGAUAGUAACCGGCUGCUUUAUUUCACCUGAAUCGGGGACGAAACAUUACACUUCGAGUUGGGACGCUGUUAAUUACUCCAAGGGGUGACCUUAACAUUGGGAUUUGGGCGGACACUUACGGAGACCAAGAACUGCGUAGCUCAAAUCUCACAGUAGUGAAAAUCCAAGACCCACGAUGGACCCGAGAGACACUGCCCCUGAUUCCUGGGAACAAGAGGACGAUGUGGAGGCCACAAUCGACGGACAACUUGAAUCAGCAUUCACAACCCUAAAUGUGAAUGCUAAGCCGUUUGUGCCCAAUGUAAACGCCGCCGAAUUUGUUCCGGCUUUUGCCAUGAAAGCACAGUCGGAAAAUCCCGAUUCUGGUGUUGCUGUUGAAAAGAUAUCCACCAUGGAGGUGUCAGAAAGUGCUGCUCCACUGGAGAACGGCGACACAGAGAUGAGCACAGAGGAACCGUGGGACCAGAAAGAGGCCGAGCCAAAUGAGGAGGAGCCAGGAGGCGUAGACCGAGGGCCAGCGGUGAAAGCAACAGCGGAGGAGACGGCUCCGGAGACGAUGGAGGAAGAAGAGGAAGCACCAGUGCCCAAGGUUCCACCUACACAGCCGGACGCACCCAGGAAGGAACACAUCAAUGUUGUGUUCAUCGGACACGUAGAUGCUGGCAAGUCAACUAUUGGCGGACAAAUCAUGUAUCUAACAGGCAUGGUAGACAAGAGAACCUUAGAGAAGUACGAAAGAGAAGCCAAGGAAAAGAACCGGGAAACCUGGUAUCUGUCUUGGGCUUUAGACACCAACCAAGAGGAGAGGGACAAAGGCAAGACGGUGGAGGUGGGCCGAGCUUAUUUUGAGACGGACAAAAAGCACUUUACCAUCCUUGAUGCUCCAGGCCAUAAAAGCUUUGUGCCCAACAUGAUUGGCGGCGCAUCACAGGCAGACUUGGCUGUUCUGGUGAUCUCUGCCAGGAAAGGCGAGUUUGAAACUGGUUUUGAGAAGGGUGGACAGACUCGGGAGCACGCCAUGUUGGCCAAAACAGCUGGUGUCAAGCACCUGAUCGUUCUGGUGAAUAAAAUGGACGAUCCUACAGUCAGCUGGAGCCUUGAGAGGUAUGAAGAGUGUAAGGAGAAACUAGUGCCAUUUCUGAAGAAGGUGGGCUUCAAUCCGAAGAAAGACAUUCACUUCAUGCCGUGCUCUGGACUGACAGGGGCCAACCUGAAGGAGCCCACUGACAUGUGCUCCUGGUACACAGGUUUACCUUUCAUUCCACACUUGGACAGUCUGCCAAACUUCAACAGAUCAAGCGAUGGCCCUGUCAGAUUGCCCAUCGUAGAUAAAUACAAGGACAUGGGCACUGUGAUUUUGGGCAAACUGGAGUCAGGCUCCAUCAGUAAAGCACAGCAGCUGGUCAUGAUGCCAAACAGGCAUGUAGUGGAGGUGUUGAGUCUCUUGUCAGAUGACAUGGAGACAGACGAUGCCGGGCCAGGUGAAAACCUCAAGCUGCGGCUGAAGGGCAUUGAGGAGGAGGAGAUCCUGCCUGGCUUUAUCCUGUGUAAUGCUGAGAACCUCUGCCACUCGGGGCGCACCUUCGACGCCCAGAUUGUCAUCAUUGAACACAAAUCCAUCAUCUGUCCAGGUUACAAUGCAGUCCUUCACAUUCACACAUGCAUUGAAGAAGUGCAAAUUGCGGCCUUAAUCUGUCUGGUAGACAAGAAGACAGGGGAGAAGAGCAAGACACGACCACGAUUCGUCAAACAGGACCAGGUCUGCAUCGCCCGUCUGCGCACGGCAGGAACCAUUUGCCUCGAGACCUUCAAAGAGUUUCCUCAGAUGGGACGGUUUACCUUACGGGACGAAGGUAAGACCAUUGCCAUCGGUAAGGUGCUGAAGCUGGUUGCUGAGCGGGACUGAAGACAACAAAGCUGCCUGAGAAUCCUGAUGAGAAGGAGUGGGCAGAGCUUGGUCAUAACCCGCCCACACAGUUGUCAGCGGCGACGGCACCUCCCUGUCACGCCCCCCUUCUGCGUGCCGAAGAUCAGCGUCAGAAAAAAAACUCAUGUGAAAAAGAAAACCUGUUUUUAAGCAAAUGACAAACCAAGAUGAAGUCCACACGAGUCAGCUUUCUCAUAUUGAGAGCUCAGCUAUGCCAUUUCUGGGUUAGCCCUCCCUCCACCUCCCCCCACCUCCCUACUCUGGUCUACUCAUCAUUACAUGAUUUUUUUCUUCCAGAUAUUUUUUUUUCUUGCUUUCAUAAAUGACAAUGACAAAUGGCAGAAGUUAUAUCUGUAAACAGAUGUGGACCAGGGUUUUGCUUGGAAUAUAUAAAAUGAUUUUCAGAAGUAAAUUGCAAAAGAAAUUGUUUGAAAGAACUUAUCCAGUUGAAACCAAAAUGUUUAUCUUGGGUGUACAUGUCUCCCUUUGCUUUUACCCACUUUUUGGUUUCUCAUGUGGCGUUCUGGCAGUGUGCUUGAGCGUGUUCAAAUGUUAUUAAAGCAAACAACUAUGACAAUAAAAUAAUAAAUUGGGAAAACAAAGUGUGUUCAUUUUCAGAGCACAUUUCAGGGUCCAGUUUCACAAAGUUCACCAAGCGCCAGUUGGCUACAUGACAUUCCUGACAAAUUUUAAAUGCGGAUUUUAAUUUUGAACAUUGGGGACAUGUUGGUGUUCAAUUUUACUCUUACAAUACUUACUCUGAUCAGCCAGAUUGUAAAGAUGAGUCUGUAUUGUGAGCUGAUUUGGGCUAACAAAUGCAUCAGUCUGUACAUGUGCCAGCUGAUGGGUAACAAAUGUCAGCUCAGAAAUGCCAAUAUACUCUUAUGUUUGGAUC